AUCAAGAACGUGCAAUCCUGAUGUCAUCCGUGUCGUCCUCAUCGCCUAGGGAUUUCGAUCCUUUGUUGAAGGAUUUGAAUGAGAAGAAACAAAGUUUCCGGCGUAACGUGGUGUCGCUUGCGGCGGAGUUGAAGGAGGUAAGGAGCCGUUUGGCAUCGCAAGAACAGUCAUUUGCUCAAGAAACCCUAACGAGACAGGAUGCAGAGACAAAGGCAAAGCACAUGGAGGAGGAGAUUUUUAAACUGCAGAAGAGGUUAGAGGAGAGAAAUGGGGAGCUUCAAGCUUCAGCCUCUGCUUCUGAAAAGUACCUUAGGGAAUUGGAUGAUCUUAGAUCGCAGCUUACAGCCACUCAAGCCACUGCUGAUGCUAGUGCAGCAUCAGCUCAGUCAGCCCAAGUACAGUUGUUAGCGUUGUUGAAAGAGUUGGACGAGAAGAAUAGUUUAUUGAAAGAGCAUGAGGAUCGUGUUACUAGGUUAGGAAAGCAACUAGAUAAUUUGCAGAAGGAUCUUCAAGCAAGGGAAUGCUCCCAAAAGCAGCUGCAAGAUGAGGUUUUGAGAAUUGAGCAUGAUAUCAUGCAAGCUGUUGCUAAGGCUGGAGCAAAUAAGGACUGUGAGCUCAGGAAACUUUUGAAUGGGGUUUCUCCCAACAAUUUUGAAAAGAUUAAUAAACUUUUGACUGCCAAGGAUGAAGAAAUAGCCAAGCUGAAAGAUGAAAUCAGGAUUAUGUCAGCCCACUUCAAGCUCAAAACUAAAGAGUUGGAAUCACAGUUAGAGAAACAACGAAGGGCUGAUCAGGAACUGAAAAAGAGAGUGUUGAAGUUGGAAUUCUGUCUCCAGGAAGCUCGUUCUCAAACACGAAAACUCCAAAGGAUGGGGGAGCGCAGGGACAAAGCACUAAAAGUGCUUAGAGAUCAGCUGGCUGCAAAACAACAAUCUGCAAGUGUUGGUACCGAGAAACAGAAUUUCUGGGAAACCUCUUGUUUCAAGAUUGUAGUCUCCAUGUCGAUGUUGAUCUUGGUAGUGUUUUCAAAGCGGUGAUUUCAUUUAGCUGUGUAGGUAAUGAGUAUAAUGAAAAUACCUGAAGAGGAUUUUAGGAAAGGCUAUAGAACCAUUGCCUUCGUGGAAAGAAAAGGCUUGUAGAUGUAGUACAUGAGUCUGUUUCCCAGAAUCAGUCGAAAUGCCCGUCCGUCCUCAUUGUGAAGGAGAUUUGAGGUGACAUUAGUGUAAUAGCAACAUGCAUCACAAUUUUUUCUUCCUUUCCCA